CACAAUCUCUAUUCUCCAUCUCUCUCAAUCUUUCAAAAUUCCUUAGAGAAAAUAAAAAAUAAAAGAUCAAGAAUGGCAUUAAGUAACAAUGUGAUAGGGUGCAUUAACUUUGUAGCCAUGCUACUUUCAAUUCCAGUAAUUGGUGCUGGAAUUUGGCUAGCAAUGGAACCUGACAACUCUUGUGUCAAAAUUCUACAAUGGCCAGUAAUUAUAUUAGGGGUUCUUAUUUUAGUUGUAGCACUUGCUGGUUUUAUUGGUGGAUUUUGGAGAAUUCCAGCAUUAUUAAUUUUCUACCUUAUUGCUAUGCUUAUUUUAAUAAUAUUGCUAGCAUGUUUGGUGGUAUUUAUUUAUAUGGUUACUAUUAGAGGUUCUGGUCAUAUGGAACCAAGUAGAACAUAUUUGGAAUAUCAUCUUGAGGAUUAUUCUGGUUGGCUUAGAAGGAGAGUUCAAAGUUCUUUCAAAUGGGAUAGAAUUAGAACUUGUCUUAGCUCUACAUCAAUGUGUGCUCAAUUGAAUCAAAGUUAUAAAAUGGCUCAAGAUUUUUUUAAUGCACCUUUAAGCCCUUUGCAGUCAGGGUGUUGUAAGCCACCAACACAAUGUGGUUACACAUUUGUGAACCCAACAUAUUGGAUUAGCCCAAUAAACAAUGCAGCAGACAUGGAUUGUUUGAAUUGGAACAAUGACCAAACACAACUUUGUUACUCUUGUGAUUCUUGCAAAGCUGGAUUAUUGGCUAAUUUGAAGAAAGAAUGGAGAAGGGCUGAUAUUAUUUUGCUUAUAACUCUUGUUGGAUUAAUUUGGGUUUAUUUGAUUGGGUGUUGUGCUUUUAGAAAUGCCAAAACUGAAGAAAUAUUCCGCAAGUACAAGCAAGGUUAUGCUGAUACUUAACAUGUAAUUUAUUUAAGGCGGAUUCAGAGUCUAGAAUUGGUGUGAUUAUAUUAUAUGUAUGCUACUUAAAUGUUGUUUUUUUCUCCCAUUAGUAUACAUAUUUUGAAUUGAAAAUAGUGAGUUCAAUUGAACUCGCCCUAAAUGCCUCUGUUCUAGACAAUUCUGCUUA